AUGCGCGGGUGGAGGCAUCUGUUUCCAUUGAUGAAUCAUCUCUUUGCAUAUCAACAUCAUCUCGAUUUAUAUGACUUGGAUUUUGUUUAUCGCACGGAUGGUAAAAGAGAGAUGACACAAUCUGUUCACCAGAGCUUCAGGGACUUCGUUGAGAAAACACUUUCCGGUAGCAAACCCAUAAAGAAACUCUCACUAAACUGUCAAGACGGUCGUAUAUGUCUCAAUCUUAUCGACCAAUGGGUACGCAAGGCCUUGGAACGAGGUGUCGUGGAUCUCGACCUGCGUUUUAGAACGAGUACGGAAGCAAUGGAUCCUGAUCUGAGAGGCCUCGGCGUCUUCCCUAUUCUCCCUUGUAGUGUCUUCCAAAGCACGACGCUUGUAAAGCUAACAUUAGGGAUAGCAGUUGGAGAUGUUUUAGGGCUUAAUCCAAAAGUGUCUCUUCCAGUGCUGAAGAGUCUCUUCCUUUAUGGAGAUUCGCCUAUUUUCUACCAAGUGUACACUGUGAUGCUUCGUGAUUGCCCAGUACUUGAGGAAUUGAGCUUAAAUUACUGGGACUCCAGAUAUCGUGAAAAAGAAGAGUUCCCUAUAUCCCACCAAACUCUUAGGAGACUCACAGUUAUCUACAAAAACAUUCUUGGCUACACUCUCAUCAUGAGAUGCAACACACCGAGUCUUGUUUACUUCGACUACUCUGGUGGUAUCGCUCCUUCGUGUGAUUCAACUUGUAAUUUCUUGAACUCCCUUCUCGAAGCCAAACUAGAUAUCCAACACUACCGGAGAUAUAAUAUUGUUCACAGAGACCCAUCUACGGUCAUUAAGUGGAUAUGCAACGUUAAGACCCUGUCACUGUCUUCUGCUACUGUUGAGGUUAUGGAUGCAGCCUGUGUGAGAGUACCUUGUUUUACAAACCUUGUUAAGCUUUCUUUCGAGAGUUAUAAAAAAGAAGGUUGGAAAGUGCUUUCUCGUUUGCUCAACAAAUCUCCAAAGCUAGAAACUCUGGUCCUCAAGGGCUUGCACUGUGCACCAGAUGAGGAAGUCGACGUUGAUAUAAACAAAGUGAAGGUGUUGGAGAUAUGUCGGUUUAGAGGAAGUUGUAGUGAAUUUAGACAACUGGACUGCUUUUUGGGCCAAAUGCAGUUUCUUCAAGUGAUGAAAGUUGAACUUGAUGCUGUUGAGAAGGAGAAACCGCGACUCAUCAAUCACCUUCGUGAUCUAAGUGCCAAAUCCAGCUCAUGUGAGAUUAUCCCCUGCUAG